AUGGAUCAGCACUGGGGCGGAGGCAAAGGCGGCUGGGGCGGCGGCUGGACUUCCUGGAAGGGAGGUGUGUGGAAAGGUGCCCAGCCGAAGCACCAGCCUGGCGGCAUCAUACAGAGGUUGGACAGCGACUUGAUGAACACCAGGGGCGACAUUCAGCAGCUGCGCACAGAGAAGGACUUGCUUACGACCGAGAAGAACGGCCUCAUCGCGGAGAAGAACCAGCUUCGUGACGAGAAGGACGCAGCUCUGGCCAGGGCACAAGAGGCCGAGCAAAAGCUCGAGAAGAUCCAGAAGGAGAAGCAGGAACUGAGUGACAAGCACUCGCGAGAGACCGAGAAGGCCUCCAGCACGCUGACAGAAGUCCAUCGCGCCUGGCAAAGGGAUACGAAGGAGUGGGAGGAUCGGUUCAAGAUCACCAAGCGGAUGCUGGAGGAGUCGGAAAAGUCCAACAAGAAGCUCAAAAAUGACCAGGAGACGGAAUAUAACUUGAGGGAGAAGCUGCGGUUCGAGCGUGACUCCUACAAGGCAAUGGCUGAUCGGCUGGAAAAAUCCUUGGCAACGGAGCAGAAGGAUCUUAAGGCGGUGAGCUCCCAGUUGAAAGAGGUGGAGAAGGAGAACGGCAAGCUCAAGAAGCGCUUGAAUAAGCUGGAGAAUGCUGCCUGA